GUUACUAGGGUAUUUUACAAGCAGCCAACAGUUGUUCGACUAGAUAAUAUUUAGGCUUUAGCAUUUCUUACACUACAGAAUAGCUGGCGUAUUCGUUAAUUUUACAUUAUUAUGUUCUAUGCAGGUAGUAUGAACGGUUACUUAGUAGUUUUCGUGGUAACUUUUCUUAUCGUAUUUACUUUUGCAAUCGAAACUGCGUAUAGGUGUUUGGACGUUGACGAUGACUUAGAAUGUAAAAGGCGUGGGAACGAAGGUUUAUGUGGCUACACAGAUAAGGGUUUCACAUGCGGCUGCUUGUUUCAUGAUAAACCUGCUUCUGUACAAAGUCAUUGGGAUGCUAAAAUGCAAAUUCGAUCGUUUUCCCAAUUUUGUGAACCAGUAACACUUCCUUUCCAUGAGGAUACAUGUAAACUAUACCUCGGAAACCCAAACGAAAAGGAGGACUGGAAAAUGGUUUGUCCAAACAGUGGCUUCAUUCAAAGUUGGGGCGCAUUCCCACCUGUAUCCGGUAGCUUUCAUGCAAGAAUAUGGUACCGAUGUUGCAACGCAAAAUGUCCGAGUUGGACUUGCAAGUGGUCGCCUUUUACUCAAUCGAGAAAAGAUUUCAACGUCCCUGUAUAUGACGAAUACGUUCGAGCUGUGAGAAGCACCCACUUACACGAUAAGAUGGACAACAUUUGGUCUCUUGAAUUAUGUCAAUGCGUUCCUACUCCACCUUCCAAAGGUGAACUAUGACGUUACCAUACGUCACAAUCACAUUACUAAAAUCGUGAUCGAAGUUCGAAUGAUGCAGCAUUUUGUUUCUGUCAGCAAAAACUAAUCAAGCAGAAAGUUAUUGCGCCAACACCACGUGAUAAAAAGUGGUUAUUAUACCCUUGCUACUCGUUAUAUCUUUACACUGUCACCACCGCAGGAAAAAUUCAUAAAAAAGUUGUACUAUAGUGUUUUGUAUGUACCGCUGCAUUUUGUCUAUAUAGAGUACUAUUAUUAUUGUUGCACAAUAAGACAGUUAGUUAAUUUGUACAUUUUCAGAUUUUUAAAAACUUAUGUCAAAAUCGAUAUAGGUAUAUAUAGUACUGUGGGGUAAGAUGGAUAUUGUUAGCACACAAUAUUGCAUAUUUUGUAAUCGUGUUUUAUAACAACUAUAACAACACUUUUAAGAGCCGUGACGAGGAUACGGUUAGGCUAUAUAAUUCUGUAAAUAUUCUGUGCAUACUACCAAGUGGGACGGUAAAAUAAGAUAUAAAACAUGCCCCAUCUUGCCCCGAACUACCUUUAUAGUCUCACAUAUAGCUCAGUAACUUUUGUUAUAUAUAUAUAUAUAUAUAUACGGUCUAGAGUUAACAGUUUGUAUAUCGUAACUUAUGCACUGAUCAAUAUAUAUAUAUAUUAUACCGUUGUACCAAUACAUAAUCGGAU